GAGGCUAUAAAGCCACAGUUACAGAGCUGGAGUGUAGGCUGUUUAGUUAGUCUCGGGAUCCGGUUUCUGUGUGUGUUAAGUGGUGUUUGAGGAGCCCGCCUUUCCUUUAUCCCAUAUCAAGAUGUCUGCAGGAAAUGCAUUUAUUGGGAAACCAGCUCCUGACUUCAAAGCCACAGCUGUGAUGCCAGAUGGGCAGUUCAAAGACCUCUCCCUCUCUGACUAUAAAGGAAAAUACAUCGUGUUCUUCUUCUAUCCCCUUGACUUCACCUUUGUUUGUCCAACUGAGAUUAUUGCAUUCAGUGACAGGGCUGAUGAAUUUAAGAAACUGAACUGUCAAGUAAUUGGAGCUUCUGUUGAUUCUCACUUCUGUCACCUUGCCUGGGUCAAUACUCCUAAGAAGCAGGGUGGAUUGGGUAGCAUGAGCAUUCCACUGGUUUCAGAUACAAAACGCACCAUUGCUAAAGAUUACGGAGUAUUAAAAGACGAUGAAGGUAUUGCGUACAGAGGCCUGUUCAUUAUUGAUGAUAAGGGAAUCUUGCGUCAAAUCACCAUCAAUGAUCUCCCUGUUGGUCGCUCAGUUGAUGAAACUCUCAGAUUAGUCCAGGCUUUCCAGUUCACAGAUAAACAUGGAGAAGUUUGCCCAGCUGGUUGGAAACCUGGGAGUGAAACAAUCAAACCUGAUGUUCAGAAAAGCAAAGAAUUCUUCUCCAAGCAGAAGUAAACUUGCUGCCUGUGCUAGACUGUGUUAGACUAGUAUCCUCGGACUGCCUUCUGGAAAAGAACAAGAGCGUCAAGUAUUUUUUUAAAUU